AAAAAAUAUAUAUAUAUAUAAUUACAUUUAAGCUUAUAGAGUCUCCUGCUUUCCUAUUCCCUCUUUCACAAAAACCUCACUUCCUUUUCCGAAUCUCUCGUAUCAAAGCAUAUCAAAAAAUGGUCCGGACCAUGGCCCCUGAGCUCAAGAACUACAUGGACAAGAAGCUCCAUCUGCAGCUCAACGGCAACAGAACUGUCAUCGGCGUGCUCCGCGGCUACGACGCAUUCAUGAACGUACAUCUGGCCGACGCCUUUGAGGUUCUCUCGAAGAAGACCACUCGCCACUGGGCGUUGCCGUCAUCCGGGGAAACAGCAUCGUGUCCAUGGAAGCCCUAGAGCCCAUUGAGGACUAGAAAUAUUAUUUAAUAUUAUUUGCCUCUGCUUGGUUUAAUUUAACAUGUUCAACAUUACAACUUCACA